CAAUAGCUAAGCGAGCAUUGAACUUGAAAGUACGCUGUCCAUUUUGAUUAUCAGGCGUACGUAUUACUACCCAAUCUACUUGACCACAUGAACCAAAGAUCUCCACAUGGGCUAAAUGUGUACGAACGAGUUCAAUCUCACCGGUGACGCAGGCUGUGUUCACUUCAAGUUGACCUAUACAUAAGUGCUAUCGGCCCAUGGCCAUGCUGAUUUUUUCUUUUGGUUAACGAUGGUCAUGACUGAAAUACUUACCGGGGGCACGGCGCACAUGAUGAUUGCUGUGUUCUGUUGAUCGUCUAUCCAAGUGACAACGAUGCUCAUAGCCGCCCGAUUGGCCAGUUGGCCAGGGUCGUGUCGGCCAUGGUUUUAUACGAUAUGGAGUUGAUGUGUGUUUCUGGCCAUGGCCAUGGGGCAUGGCCAACACUCACUAAUGUGCUUCGUGUUAUUAUAACUGUCGGAACGUAUAAAAAGCAGGAUGUUCGUACUUUGGGACGUCCUACUACACAUUCGAGUGGCGGCCAUGGAAUGCACCACCUUUCCACACAAGUUUGCUAGCAUUCUACCAAGACCCUCUCCCGCCGUGCUCCAUGGGGAGCACCUGACCAAAGCGAGGUCAACAUUGGGUCCCAAGUACCGAUCAGAAAUACUUCAUUUACAAGGUCUCCGCUCUUCGAAUACACAUUUGCUACGUUAUUCAAAAGAAUCCACAACUUCUACUGGGACUUCCGGUUCACGAUGGCGUUCUCUUAUACAGAACACCAUAUUCUUCGCCAUCCCUGCGAUCGUUCUGGAUCAGGAGACACUGGAAGCCGUGGAUAAGGCUAACUUGCGACAGCACGCAUGCAAUAUUUAUGCCGCCGAAGAACUUGAAAAAUAUUCAUCUCCUCACACGUUACCGUCCCAUCUCCAGUUUCAAUGUGACAAAUUUAUCAGCAGUUGCAUCGAUAACUGCAAGGCGGUUGGCUUCACAGCUGCCAUCCUGGCCCCGACAAAUGUGACAUUGCUCGCAACGCUUAUUGCCAGCACGAAUUCCCUAGCCGUCGCAUUGGGUUCGCUUGCCAUCCUCACCGCUACCGCAAGCACAAUGGAUUCUUUGAUCCUUGUAUUAUUUCUACGUCACAUAAGUGGGCGAAACACAGGUCUCAGAAUUGUCUGGUUGACGACGAAACUUAGAAAAACAUGCAGAUGGAAGACAUCGCUAAUCUUGGCGUCUCCUGCAGCAUGGUUAAUCUGGUCCAUUAUGUUUGUUAUCUUUUCGCUCUUGGCAACAUUGACCACACGUCCUGACGAGCAGCAAUCAGACAUUGUGUUGCAUUUCACCGCGGGCGAAAAAAUUCUUAUUAUCAUGACAACCUUACUCUUCUUCCUGCAUACCAUCCUCAUGAUCCAUGAUAUCGUUCGAGACUCCAAACAGGAGUCCGACAAGUACUGGGACUCAGCUUGACUUUAUAUAUGACUUUUACCCCGGACAUCGGCUUCAGUAGAGUACACUGCGAAGGACAAAUGUAUUUUCCUUGUCCUAAUAGUCUACAACUUUACAACAUCUGUGAUACAAAGACACCGGCAAUCCGAGAAAUGGCCAUCACACUUCCCCGAUAAUCAAGCAGGAAUAGGAACCUCAGCCUGAGGAGUCAAACGAACUGCAUGCCGCCUCAAGUUUUUAUCGAAAUCAGGCGUAGCAGAAUGGAUUGA